UUGGGUGACUGGCCCUUUGCCUUAUCCUCAGCUAUCUGGUUUUAGUUACUUUGUGACUGGUCUACUCGCCAUUGAUUUCAUGCCUUGGUCGUUUCCUGCUGCACUCAUAUUAUUCUCUUCACCCGAUGCACGUAAACCAUUUGUUAACUCGAGACUGCUUUGCCUUUCCCUUGUCUUUUCAACUCGACUCUGGCUCCAGCUAACACAUUGGAUCCUUGUUCAACUCCUCCUUCAAUUUUGAUCUUACCAUCUUCUUCUUCUUCUUCUUCUUCUUCUUCUCUUUGAAUUCAACUUGGCAUGGUUUUUACCAGGCACCCUUUCCUGUUCAAUAAGUUCAGUUUAUUUGCAUUUGAUCUUGUUGCAGCACUGUUAGCGUGGUUCUGAGUGGGUGAAUUUUGGUUAGUAGAGAUGGAUAGAUGCAGCUCAGAGCAGAAGAGUGAGGACCAUGUUGGCUUCGGCAAUGCUGGAUUUGCCUCAGAAUGGCAACUUAGGCACCCCUCGAGAGGGUCCUCCACUCCAUCCAUGCCUGGCUCCUUCACAGCGAGCCUCUGGAACCCUUCCAUGGCUGAAGCUGACCUGCCUGCCGUGAACAAGCAGCCCCCUCAUCUCGGCAUGGCUUGGAAUCAUCCCUCCUCCGACUCGCUGUCCGCAGGAGCAAGCUUUCUGCCUCCGAAUGUCUACCAUUUCGCUUCUGAUUCAGCAGCUUUCAUCAAGAGAGCUGCCAGGUUUUCAUCUUUCAACCCUUACUCCAAGAUUGACAUCAACAUGUCAGAAUCUGGCAAGGAGGAUGGCUCGCUGCCAGGGAGCCCCAUGGUGGAGCAAGACAAGGCCGCCUUGCAAGAAGGUACUGGUGCUUCGUCUUCCAAAGCCCUUGCUGCUAAGAAGAGGAAGAGAUCCAGUGAGAAAUUGGAGGAUGAGCAAACAAAGGGAGACCCAACCAUGGCUACUGGAAUCAAGGAGAAUGUGGACACCAAUCAAAAGCCUAAUGGUAAGCAAGAAGAAGCAGCAAAGGAGGACUACAUUCAUGUUAGAGCGCGGCGCGGUCAAGCAACAAAUAGCCACAGUCUUGCAGAAAGAGUGAGAAGGGAGAAAAUUAGCCAGAGAAUGAAGUUUCUUCAAGAACUUGUUCCUGGCUGCAGCAAAGUCACUGGAAAGGCAGUGAUGCUCGAUGAGAUUAUCAACUAUGUUCAGUCACUGCAGAGGCAGGUUGAGUUUCUCUCAAUGAAGCUUGCGACUGUGAAUCCAAGGAUGGACUUCAACAUGGACCCUCUUCUCUCAAAAGAUUUUCUUCAGUCGCACGGCGGGCCUUCGUCUGCCAUUGGUUUCUCACCUGAUAUGGUCCAUGCUCAAAUGCAUCCAUCUCAACAAGGACUGAUGCAAUCUGCUUUGUCUGCCAGCUUAAACAGCACUCCAAAUGCAAAUACUUUUAGACGAGCAAUGAAUUCUCAACUCAAUUCACUGCCUAAUGUGUGGGACGAACAGCUGCAAAAUGUCAUGCAAAUGACUUCUUUCAGCAACAAUCCUCAGCAGCCAAGAACUGAAUGAUAGAUUUGGAGAUGGAUUUUUCAAAGGGAAUCAUCAAUUUAGAGUUCGUCUUUGCUUUGAAAUCUUCGCAUCGCUUGAAGCAAUUCUCUCAGAGCUUCCUGAGCAAAUUGGUUCUGAAAUAUAAUCAAUUGCUUGGAAGCUACAAGGUUGACAACAUCAACACUUGAAGAUUUGAUUAUUUUUCAGCAAAUCUGAGAUCAUAUCAAGUGUUAUGGCUUUUAGUUGUAUAGCAAUUGAAUUGUUUCAAGGCUCCCUGUAUUCUCAGAGCAGCAAAAACCAUAAAUGCAUCAGCAUAAAGUUGCUCUCUAAGUGUACACUUGUUGGAAUUUCGAAGCAAACAUCAUAUGGAAUUUUCUUUUUUCUCA